UCCCUUUAAACUCACAUGAUGAUUGAAGAGUCUGUGAUUUGUGUCUUGUGUUCAGUUUCAGUGUCUCCAUCAUCAUCAUCAUCAUCAUCAUCAUCAUCAUCCUCACAGACUGAGAUCAGUCCAGGUCGCUCUGUGACUCUCUCCUGUCAGUUGUAUUCAUAUAAUGACAUAGUUUGUAAUGAUUUGGUUAAUCCAGAGAAACAUCAUCUGUUGUGGGUGAAUCAGGCUGGUGUUGAUCUGAAGACAGACUCCAGAUAUCAGAUAUUAUUCUCAUCAGAUCACUGUAUCAUCACUCUGACUACAACACUCCUGAAUGAAGAUGACAACAGAGAGUGGAGAUGUCAGCUUACUCUCAGAAAUCAACUCCAGACCUCAGUCAGAUACACUAUCAAGUAUUCAGUCAGCAGCUCAAACUCUGAGAAGAAAUCAAGCCAAACUACAGCAGCAGCUCCUACACAAGAGAAUCAGAAGUCAUUAAAUACUCCAAACUCUGAGAGGACAGCAGCUGCUCAAACACCUGGAUUUACUGAACAACAAGAUGAACAUCUGAACAUUCAUCUUCUGAUUCCAGUCAGCAGCUCAAACUCUGAGAAGAAAUCAAGCCAAACUACAGCAGCAGCUCCUACACAAGAGAAUCAGAAGUCAUUAAAUACUCCAAACUCUGAGAGGACAACAGCUGCUCAAACACCUGGAUUUACUGAACAACAAGAUGAACAUCUGAACAUUCAUCUUCUGAUUCCAGUCAGCAGCUCAAACUCUGAGAAGAAAUCAAGCCAAACUACAGCAGCAGCUCCUACACAAGAUGUAACAUCAACUACAUCAACACUGACUCCAGAUGUCACACCAAUCUCUCUGAAUCAAGUUGUGCCAUCAACUACAGCAUCAACACUGACUCCAACCUCUCUAGUGAUUGUGAUUGUUGUCGCUUCAUUCGCUGUUCUCCUUCCUGCUCUUAUUCUCUGGAUGAUUCGCAGAAAAAGAGACGAUAACAGAAGAGGAACUGAUGACUCUGAGGAGCAGACAGAUGAUCAUGUGACU